GAUCUUUGCCCUCAACGGCCGGAUUUAUAUAACCCGCGCGCCCGUCCGACGCCGCCAUCUCAUCAUCAUCAGUAAGUGUCAAAGAUCUUAUACCGGAGGAUAAAAAUCUGUUUUUAUGUGAUGCCAUCACAUUACUUAUUUCCCUGAAGCAACCAUGAGUACUAGAGUUGAUAUACCAAAGGGAAAGAAGUUGAACAAAUAUGGAGAACUGGAAAAUCUUGAAUUGACUGCGGAAGACUGGAUUACACGUUGGGAAAGGAAACACAUUGGUUUUCAUAAGGAUGAAAUUCACAGAUUGUUGCAAAAAUACUUGCCUAACAUUCUGAAUGGAAGGAAGCAGAUCAGCAUUUUUUUACCACUUUGUGGAAAAUCAUUAGAUAUAAAAUGGCUUCAUGACCAAGGACAUAAUGUUGUUGGUGUGGAAAUUUCUAAAACAGCAAUUGAAGAAUUUUUCACAGAGCAAAAUUUGUCCUACACACAGGAUCUUGUACCAGAAAUACCAGGUGCAGAAGUAUUUAAGAGUUCUGAUCACCGUAUUUCCUUGUACAAUUGCAAUAUUUUCAAUUUCUCAAGUUUGAUUGCUGGAAAGUUUGAUGGGAUCUGGGACAGUAAAUCUUUGGUAGCGAUCAACCCACCUGACCGACAACGAUAUGCCGAGCAUAUGACCACACUUAUGGCUGAGGGAUGUUGUUACCUUCUAGAUUCUUGCACAUUUAACCAAGACCAAAUUGUUGGUCCACCAUUUUCUGUUCCUCAACAUGCAAUUGAGGACCUGUUUGGCCCAUCAUGCAACAUUCGGUUGAUGGAAUCAUUGGAUGCUUUGACUGAGCAACAGAUUUCGUGGGGUCUGGAUUCCUUCAUUGAAGAAAUCUAUCUAAUUAAGUAACAGUAACUAAUUAAGUAAUUAAGGCACAGUCCUAGCCUUCGUACAAGAUCUGGAAACUGCUGAUGCUGAAAAUCUGAAAUAAAAAACAGAAAAUGCUGGGAAAACUCAGCAGGUCAAACUGCAUAUGUGGAAAGGGAAAAGGAGUUCAAAUUUCAGGUUCAGCAUCUAUACUUAGAACUCUGCGCUUACUGAGGUUUUCAACCUGAAAUAUUAACAAUUCCUUUUGCCACAAAUGCUGGCUGAUCUGAGUUUUUCCAGUAUGUCCUUCAUAAAAUGACAGAAGUUAAGUGAAUCUAAGGUGACCAAAACUGGGCUUUGAAUCAUGUUGUCGCAGAAUUUCUAUGGAUUAUCUGUGUGUAUUUUUAUGGAUCUUCACACACCAAAUUAGUGUUAAGUAAUACUGCAUUCAUUAGCGCGAAUAUUUACUCCAUCAACCUCCUUUUCAAACAUAAUUUUCCGCAUAUUCACUCAACCCAAUUUUGACCAUUGACAAUCUUGCAAACCCUCACCCCAAGUUCAACUGAGCUUUAUUUUCAUGUGUUUCCCAGAUCUGAGCCUAACCAUACCAUUUUCAUGUUUGAAAUUCUAUAAUUGCAGAGAUCUAUUUUUGCAUCAGGUACCAAAAAGGUUCAAAUCAGAAUCGGAAAUGGCAUCAAUUUUGACUUUAUUUCCAUGGAAUAUUACAUUCCACAUAUACCAUUUGCAACACAUAAACAGGCCAUUCAGUUUUGAUGGCCAAUUGAGCUAAUUUUUCUACUGUAUUGGCAUUUUCUGCUACAACAUCUUCAUUCAACGGAUCUCCUUUUGUUUUCAUACUCAAUGGAGUUUCCAGUCCAUACCAUUUAUUGAGUUACUUCUGGAAUAUUUCCUUCAUUGGUUUCACUUCCUAGCUGUGCACUUUUACUUGAAAUGUCCCUGGUCUUUGCCGUUUUCAACCACUUCCUGCCUUUCGGAAGCGUUAUAACCCGAGGCCAUCUGCCAUAUCUUAAUGACACACAAUUUUCCCUCUAUAUAACCCUCUGCUUUCUAUUUAUAUAUCAAAAUGCAUUCAAUAGUUAGAUGGACUAGCAAAGAAUACCAUUAGCUUCUAUCUUUACUCAAAUUCUGUACUUGACAUCAAUUACACACACACGAACACACUUUAUAAACCAUGAUCUGGACAUUUGUGCCUCCAUUCUAAGUUUGUACCUUCUUCAUCCUGAGCACUACCUAAAUGCAUCUGCCAGUUAAUCCCUCUUUUCUGCAUGACUAUUCUAAUAGUUAUUUUGUCAUAAACCAUUAAUUCUAAACUCUAACACCAGUGUCCUAUCAUAGAUCAUUACAGCAUAGGAACAGGCCCUUCGACCCUCAAUAUGUAUUCUGAACAUGAUACCAAUUUGAACUAAUCUCCUCUGCCUUAAUGUGACCCAUAUCCCUCCAUUGCUUGCCAUAUCCUGCUACCUAAUCUUUGUUGUCUAUAACCUUAGUUCCCUAAACUUGAGUUGGCUUCCACUUCCCUGCCAGCCAUAAUUAGUAUUUUUUAUCCUUUGUGGCUUAAUCUUCCUUCUGUGGUUCAUCAUGUAACUUCAUCUAUCUCCUGUUUGUAACCCUUCCCCUUUACUCUAUUGUACUUGAGUUUAUCUUGAUGGUAUCUAUGUAUGGUAUAUCUGAUCAGUUUGGUUAACAUGCAAAACAACUUUUCACUGUACCUCGGUACAUGUGACAAUAAUAAACUUAAACCUAACCGUAUACCUCCCAAAUUCUGCAUCUUUUAAUCUCCAGUGACAGCCCCUAUUAUCUCACCAUAAGGGACCACAUCUUAAAAAUGGCCCAGCACUUGAAUUACCACUCUGAAUAUUCAAUCUCUCACUCCUUUACAACCCACCUUGAAUGAACUCUCAUAAUAUUUCCACUUUUGGCUCUAAACGUAGAUGUUCACAAUCAUGAAAUGCUCAGCACGGUGCUACUGGUGUCCCAUAAAAUGCGUGUGGAAAACAUUCAUAAUAAUUCAUAAUUCCUUGCCAUGUUUUAACCUGUGCUGGGUUCAUCUUAUUAAUUACUUGAAAAAUCAUACCUUUCUUUGUGAGAAAGUAAUUGUAUGUGCUUGAUCAUUUAGAUAAUUUCAUCUCACUGAUGCUGGAUUAGGUUUUGAACACUGGUUUGUUUGAUUAGGCUUGUGUUCUCCUGAAUUGGAAGUAUGAAGUGUAUCAGAAUUAUGUUUUAUUAAAAUGAUGGAUUAAAUGAUAACAAAUCUAAUUUUCACUGAAGGGAGAAUGCAGAAUAUGAUUUUGUUUCUAUGCAUUUUUUAAUCUUUGCAUUGUUAGAUCAAACAUGCUGGAUUGAGGGCCAUGUGAUCACAUGGUAAAUGUCAGAACCAUAAUUUGCAGUAUUUUUGACACAGUGAUCAAAAUCUCAGAUAUUGAGAAGAGUUUACUGUAAUGAUUAGAAGAAUUUAUUUAACCUAAA